UAUCAGUGCGGAAUACCAAUCCCCUCACAUAACCCCAUAAUAAAUAGUCUUAUAUUAUCUAGCCGAGGGUUUCAUGUAUGUUGGCUAAAACACACGAGGGUAUACGUCAUAGCCCCCGCUUUUAUUUGAGAUGGUGCACCUGGAUUUGUCUGCGUGACUGUAGAGUGUUGUGUAGUGACUGAUAGGGUGAGAGAGAGAGAGUACCCGGCCCGACGUGCUGUGAUCCGCGGCUCCGCAGACUGGGGGUUGGGUAGCUGUGCGGAUUGGUUGCUCAGCUCUGCUCGCCAACACAGCCAGUUAGUCGAGCAGGGCUUGUUUUAACAUAACCAGAGGCACAAUUCGACAGCCCGCAAAACAAUCAUGUAAAUAUGAAAUUGUAAUUGCUAGGGACCAAGGUGGUAUAGGCUACACUGACUUUUGAUGCACUAAAAUGGAAGGCUUUAAUUAUAUUUUGUCCAUUGGUGACUCUGUUUUGUUAAGGCCGAAGUUGAUGAGAUAGUACAGGAGGUGAAGGGGAGAGAAUGAGAGCUCUGGGUCUUUCUUGGCCUACUACUGCUGGGAUUGUGCAGAUCCGCUUUCACAAAUCGAAAAAAACAUACGCUUCAUGCCCCAAUCUGAAAGACCCGCUGUUGGUUUUAUUGUGACCGAGCUCCAAAUGGAAGGAGCCAUGACAACAUGAAUCGGUCAUACAGACGGGCUGUUCGGGGGCGCUCAGCAUCAGCCACAGUGUACAGCUCAGGCCAGCCAAAGCUGAGGCCCCCCAAUGGCCUCUCAGUUUCCACUUCCUAUGGAAACCAGUGUAACAGCAGCACCAAGCAUGGUUCAACAGACCAACCGUCGGUGGCCAUGCAACUGUCAACCUCCUCCCUCAAACAGGCACCUAGCUACGUGUAUAACCAGGCAGAGAGGGAGAGGCCCCACUGCUACAGUCCUCUGCUGAGGCUCCAGGAUCUCUCCACUAUGGUACACAGACCUGGGUCUGAUCUGGGACCCGGGCCCCAGCCUAAGGAGCUCGACGCCAGGAACCAUUUGCACUCUCACAGCCCAGUGGGAGGCUCUAGUUGUGGGACUCCUCUGGUCCGACUGCCCCCCUCUCCCGGUAACGAGGAGACAGAACCCUGCGAGGAUUCCAUCCGAGAUCAGAACCGUUUCUCUCCUGUUAGUUCUGAUAGUUUGGAGCGCUGCUCCCCCAUCCCCAAUGGAUACCUGCAUUUCGAGUCCACCUUGUUUGACAGUGGGGACAGGGAGGAUGAGGACGACGAGGAGGAAGAGUUGGAAUCUUUUCAACAACACUCUUCUAAGUCUGCCAGAGACAGAACAGUCACAGACUCUAACACCACCUCUGGUUCAGGGGUAGACCAUAACAGCACAUACAAGCCCUCUGUUCUCAACCUGAUGUCUAAGAGUCUAUCUGAACUGGACCCUACUCUGAGCCCCAGUGCCCUGCCUGACAUGUCCAUGGGGGAUGGCUGGAGUAUGGACCAGGACUCCGACAGUGACAGUGCGAUGACAGGAGACACACUUGACCAUGGUCUCAUCUCACCUGUUGGAACCAACUCUAAUCCCAACAGCCCAAAGAAGAAGCCCCUCCCAGCAGUGCAGUACUUGGAGGGAGAUCUGGUCUGGGCCAAGUUCAACCGCCGCCCCUGGUGGCCCUGUAGAGUUACCAUAGAUCCUCUGGAGGGGAUACACACACACAUGAAAGUCCCCAGUCGUCGUCCUUGUCGUAUGUAUUACGUGGAGACUCUGGGAGAGAUGGCAGACCAUGCCUGGGUACCUGGGAAAGUUACCUACCCCUUCACAGGAGGAGAGCAGUUUACAGACCUGCCUGUGCUGAGACGGAGAGGGAAACAGAGGGAAAAGGACUACAAAUACACAAUACCCAAGCGUCUGUUUGAGUCGUGGAAAGUCGGUGUGCUGGAAGCUGAGUUUCUCCUACCUGACCUGCUGAAGAAUACUGCUGUCUCUUCUUCCAUGCCCUCUAACAGUGAAGAGCGGGUGUCCUUUCCACUGCCUGAUGAAAAACCAUCCGAGGCACCCUCUUGUUCCUCCUCUAUGCUCACUGCACCCCCCUCCUUCAGCCCUCCCCCCAACAGAAACGAACAUCCCCCUGCUGCCAACCUGACCGUAGCGAACGACAGUAGCAGCAAAAAUAAACCCUGCCAGAAGAAGAAGAAGAAGAGGAAGGGUUUAGCGGAGAUCUUUGGUCAUAUAGCUGGAAGUCCCACAGAGUCACUAAGCAUCCUAGACCUGGCCAACCAAUUGCCUGCUGCCUCAGCUGAUCCACUGAAAGAAGAAGAUCCCAAGGACUCUCCAUACGCAGACCUGGAUUCUGUACCAACCAUUGUGCGUCCCAAACGGUCUGAGAAACCUGCUAUAGAAGACACAGAGAAACCAUCUGAACCCUCAAAAGAUGAGGCAGAGAAAGGGGGCAAUAAGGAGCGGGCUACUCCUCCUGAAAAGGACAAAGACAGACAUGUGGUCAUGGUGGUUCCUAGGCAUGUAGAUCCCAUCUCCCCAUCCUCAUCCCCAAACGUUUUAGUAAACAAAUCCCUUUUCAAUUACAGAACUACAAAAAACACAAAUGUUUUACAGUCAAAACAGAAGUUGGGCAGCUCUUCUGAACUGACUAAUAAAAAUGCUCUUGAUAAGCCCUCUCUGCAUCUCCCUUCCAGCAGACGUCUGAUGACCAGGGCCCUGAAAGCAGAGGAAGAGACAGAUCUCAAAGAGGCUCUGCUGGCCUCAAGCCAAAACUUGACAAACGAUAGGCUUAAUGUGCAUUCUUAUGAUGAAGAUGUGAGCGAUAUUGUUCAGAUCAGAACAGAGUCGUCUACUAGCAGGGAUUCUUCACCAGACAAAGCCAGAUCCUCUGCUAGCUCUCCUAAAAAACAGGCCGGGUCUGAUUGGAAGCACCUCCACAACGGCUCGUGGAAAAACUCUGAAGAUGUGACUCCAGGGUCCAGUAAGCCUGUCAUAACCCCUAUUAAGGUCAAGGAAGAGAACAUUGUCUCAGACAUAUCCUCCUGUUCUUCCCCCACCUCCUCUCUCUCUCCCAUGGACACUUUCCAGGAUAUCAAGGAGCUGUCGUUCAAAUCCCUAGUGAAGGAGGAGAGCGACUCUGGGGACUCUAACACUAAUUUUAAACCUGAGCCUAAUUACAAGUUCAGUACUUUCCUGAUGCUCCUGAAGGACAUGCAUGAUACCAGGGAGAAAGAGGGCAAGCCCCUGACCAUGCCUCCCUCGCAAGCCCUCAUCCAGGAAGAACCCAUGGUCAUAGCCACCGCCCAACCACCAGACGACCCCCUUAACGCUGCUGCUGGCGGGGACUGGACACCAACGGGGACCAAAAUCCAAAACGGCCAGCAUGCGAGCUCGCCAACACCCAAGAGCACACCUGCCAAACCCAAGUCCAAAACUAAACCCAUCAUGAAAAACGACACAUACAAACUUGAAGGGAAAACGGUGCUGGCUCAGAUGGUGGCGAACGCGGUGGAGAAGCAGCAGCGGAGGAAGCAGAGGCCACCAGCCAAGCUCAGGGCCACCAUCGGUGGUCUCUCUCCCGAGUUGGCCGACCUAGCCUGGGGGAGGGAGUUUGUCUCUGGGCACGCCGACCUGGCUGAGCCUGGCCUCAGCCCCCCUCCUCUUCCUUCUGUCCCCUCUGCUGCUGACUCCUCGUCCUACCUCGACAAGAGUCCGGGUACCAAAGUGGCCCCUAAGAAGCGCUGGCAGACGUUUGCGCAGCAGGGGCCAGUGAAGCCUGGGAAGGAUCCAGGGGUCCUGGGUGGGGUGGCCUCACCGCAGGGGCUUGCGGAAGUGAAUGGGGUCUACAGAGACUGCCAGGGAGGGACACCAGACCCCAUUAGCUCCCCUGAUCUUAACCUGGGGAUGGAGAAGCAAGAUGACACAUCAGAACAUUCUGAAAACAAACGGCUGAGGAAACCCAGCAAAAGACUGCUGGAAUCCACAGAGGAGGAACAAUACUUCUCCCCAAAGAAAAAAAUAAAGAAACCUCUGGAAUCUUCCAAAACCCCUCUGAGCCAUUCUUCAGCCCCAGCCCUGCUAAUGUACACAUCUACACCCAGCCCUACCCCUGGCCCUACCUCUGGGGAGCCAGCCAGCCCCACCCCUGGCCCUACCUCUGGGGAGCCAGCCAGCCCUACCCCUGGCUCUACCUCUGGGGAGCCAGCCAGCCCCACCCCUGGCCCUACCUCUGGGGAGCCAGCCAGCCCCACCCCUGGCCCUACCUCUGGGGAGCCAGCCAGCCCCACCCCUGGCCCUACCUCUGGGGAGCCAGCCAGCCCCAACCCUGGCCCUACCUCUGGGAAGCUAGCCAGCCCCAACCCUGGCCCUACCUCUGGGGAGCCAGCCAGCCCAAUCCCUGGCCCUACCUCUGGGGAGCCAGCCAGCCCAAUCCCUGGCCCUACCUCUGGGAAGCCAGCCAGCCCUACCCCUGGCCCUACCUCUGGGAAGCCAGCCAGCCCCACCCCUGGCCCUACCUCUGGGGAGCCAGCGGAGAGUCUGUCUCAAGAUGUCCUCCACCGUGUUAUAGAAUCAUUAUCCAAACAACCCCCAGCAGUGACCUCUUUCUCUACUGACUCAUCAUUUGAUGGCACAAACCCUCCUCUGCCCUCUGACCCAGUAUCCCUGGAAAGGAAGAGGCCAAGGAAGCCGUCUCACAAGGUCCUGGAAUGCACCACAGAAGAAGUGUCAGUCAGUCCUCCAAAGAAGGAGUUUAAGAACCAGAGUGUGCAGACAGAGAUGAAAACAGAAGUCAGGGACACUCAGGCUAAGUCUGUGAAGGAAGAAGUGCCUGUAUCCAGCUUGACAACUCCAGAGAGCAUGGUUUCUCUGCAGGCAUCCUCCUCCGCCUGGCCCUCUAUCCCUACGGUGCUCCCCACCCCCAAGGAAGAGACCGAGAAGAUCAGUCCUGGGGUGGGAGGAGAGAGCCACACCAACGGAGAGAGAACACCCAAACCUGAGGUGUUCUCUCCUGGUCUGAAUGACAGUUUCUCCCUCCCUGGUGAAGGGUCCCUGUUCUCCAGCACUAAGAGGAACACAGGAGAGAAAGGAGGAGCUGCAUCCAUGAAGGAGAAUGUCUGUCAGGUGUGUGAGAGGACAGGUGAGCUGCUGCUGUGUGAGGGUCAGUGCUGUGGGGCGUUCCACCUGCAGUGUAUCGGCCUAUCAGAAGCCCCUAGAGGGAAGUUCAUCUGUUGUGAAUGCACUAAAGGUGUCCACACAUGCUUUGUGUGUAAGAAGUCUGGCGACGGUGUGAAGAGGUGCAUGGUGCCUGUAUGUGGGAAGUUCUACCAUAACGAGUGUAUCCUGAAACACACACCCACCCAGCCCCAGAAUAAAGGGGUUCGUUGCUCCCUCCACGUCUGUCUGUCCUGCCACAUCACCAACCCCCUCAACCCCUGCAGUUCCAAAAACCCAGUAUCCAUGGAAAGGAAGAGGCCAAGGAAGCCAUCUCACAAGGUCCUGGAAUGCACCACAGAAGAAGUGUCAGUCAGUCCUCCAAAGAAGGAGUUUAAGAACCAGAGUGUGCAGACAGAGAUGAAAACAGAAGUCAGGGACACUCAGGCUAAGUCUAUGAAGGAAGAAGUGCCUGUAUCCAGCUUGACAACUCCAGAGAGCAUGGUUUCUCUGCAGGCAUCCUCCUCCGCCUGGCCCUCUAGCCCUACGGUGCUCCCCACCCCCAAGGAAGAGACCGAGAAGAUCAGUCCUGGGGUGGGAGGAGAGAGCCACACCAACGGAGAGAGAACACCCAAACCUGAGGUGUUCUCUCCUGGUCUGAAUGACAGUUUCUCCCUCCCUGGUGAAGGGUCCCUGUUCUCCAGCACUAAGAGGAACACAGGAGAGAAAGGAGGAGCUGCAUCCAUGAAGGAGAAUGUCUGUCAGGUGUGUGAGAGGACAGGUGAGCUGCUGCUGUGUGAGGGUCAGUGCUGUGGGGCGUUCCACCUGCAGUGUAUCGGCCUAUCAGAAGCCCCUAGAGGGAAGUUCAUCUGUUGUGAAUGCACUAAAGGUGUCCACACAUGCUUUGUGUGUAAGAAGUCUGGCGACGGUGUGAAGAGGUGCAUGGUGCCUGUAUGUGGGAAGUUCUACCAUAACGAGUGUAUCCUGAAACACACACCCACCCAGCCCCAGAAUAAAGGGGUUCGCUGCUCCCUCCACGUCUGUCUGUCCUGCCACAUCACCAACCCCCUCAACCCCUGCAGUUCCAAAAGUCGUCUGACCCGCUGCGUGCGCUGCCCUGUUGCGUACCACGCAAACGACUACUGCAUGGCGGCAGGCAGCAUAGUCCUGGCCAACAACAGCUUCCUGUGUCCCAACCACUUUAUCCCCCGCAAGAACUGCAAGAAUCACGAACACAUCAACGUCAGCUGGUGCUUCGUCUGCUCAGAAGGGGGCAGUCUGCUGUGCUGCGAGGCCUGUCCUGCUGCCUUCCAUCAAGAGUGUCUGAACAUCGAGAUGCCCGAGGGGAGCUGGUUCUGCAACGACUGCAAGGCCGGGAAGAAACCACACUUUAAGGACAUCCUCUGGGUUAAAGUGGGAAGAUUCAGGUGGUGGCCUGCAGAGGUGUGUCUUCCUAAGAACGUCCCAGAGAAGAUCCUCCGUAUGAAACACGAGGUGGGGGAGUUCCCCGUUCAGUUCUUUGGUUCUAAGGACUACGCCUGGACCUAUCAGGCCAGAGUCUUCCCUUACAUGGAGGGAGAUGCCAACAACAAGGACAAGAUGGGGAAGGGUUGUGACGCCAUCUACAAGAAAGCUCUGAAUGAAACAGCUGAGCGGUUUAUAGCGCUUCAGGCUGAGAAGGAGAUGAGACAGCUUCAGGAGGACAGGAGGAAUGACAAGAAACCUCCUCCCUACAGACACAUCAAGGUGAACCGACCAAUUGGCAAGGUCCAGAUCAUCACGGCGGACCUAUCGGAGGUGCCGCGCUGUAACUGCAAGGCGUCUGAUGAGAGCCCGUGUGGCAUGGACUCCGAGUGUAUCAACCGCAUGUUGAUGUAUGAGUGCAACCCUCAGGUGUGUCUGGCAGGGGAGAGGUGUCUGAACCAGAGUUACACCAAGAGACAGUACACCCAGGUGGAGAUCUUCAGGACCUUGUCACGAGGCUGGGGGCUACGGGGCGUCUCCGACAUCAAGAAGGGUGCAUUUGUGAAUGAGUACGUGGGGGAGGUGAUAGACGAGGAGGAGUGCAGAGCCAGGAUCAAACAUGCUCAAGAGAACGACAUCUGUAACUUCUACAUGCUUACUCUGGACAAGGACCGGAUCAUAGACGCUGGACCCAAGGGGAACCAGGCGAGGUUCAUGAAUCACUGCUGCCAGCCCAACUGUGAGACCCAGAAGUGGACGGUAAACGGAGACACCAGGGUGGGGCUCUUUGCCCUGGAGGACAUCCCCGAAGGUGUGGAGCUGACCUUCAACUACAACCUGGAGUGUCUUGGUAACGGGAAGACAGUGUGUAAAUGUGGAGCGCCCAACUGCUCUGGGUUCCUGGGGGUUCGACCAAAGAACCAGCCGUCUAAAGCACGGGAAAGAAGGGAACUAAAAGAAGGCAAGAAGAAGGUUCUGGUGAAGAGGAAGCCUCAGCUGGAGGUGACGAAGGAGAGGGAAGACGGGUGUUUCAGCUGUGGGGACGGAGGACAGAUUGUGUCCUGUAAGAAGCCAGGAUGUCCCAAGGUCUACCACGCAGACUGUCUCAACCUGGCCAAGAGACCUGCAGGCCGUUGGGAGUGCCCCUGGCACCAGUGUGACGUCUGCGGUCAUGAAGCGGCCUCCUUCUGUGAGAUGUGUCCCAGCUCCUUCUGCACGCAGCACCGUGAGGGCUUGCUCUUCAUCUCUAAGGUAGACGGACGGCUCGCCUGCAACGAUCACGACCCCUGUGGCCCCGAGCCCCUGGAACCAGGGGAGAUCAGGGAGUAUGUACCUCCUGGGGGCAUGCCUCUCCCCCACCUCCUCACCCACCCCCUGGGUCUGGUCCCACCCAGGCCUGGUUCCACCACUGCUGGUUCUAUCCCCUCCACAGUUUCCCCAGACCUGACCCAGGACUCGCUACUGCCCCCUACAGGGAGCUUGUUCCUCAACACCUCCCAGAACUCCAAUACCUCCUCCUACGGACCCCCUAGCAGUCCCAACAUGUCUGAUAGUCAAAUACUGCAUUUCUCCCUUCCUUCUCCCCCCUCCUCCUACAAGGAUGUGAAAGAGGAGGAGGAGGAUAGAGAGCUGGAAGAUGGACAGGUGCGUGGAUUAGAAGAGGACGAAGAAGAGGAGGAGGAAGGAGAGGACGAGGAGGAAGGAGAGGCGAUGGAGGUAGUUGAGGAGGAAGAUGAGCAGUAUGAGGGCAGACUAGGAGAGGAGGAAGGGGGAGAUGUGUAUGACACCUGGGGGGACUACAUGGAGGAGGAGCCAGACGAUGAGGGGGAGGUAGAGGAGGAGUGGGGGAGGGUGGAGGAUGAAGAGAAAUGAACUCUGUUUACAUCCCUCCCCCUUAUCUUCCAUUCCGUCUUCCAUUCCGUCUUCCAUCUCUACGAAAAUACUUUUUCUCUAGCUCUCAUCUCUCUAGUGACAUUCUGAUGGACUGACAAUGAGAGAUUGUCCUGGUGGUGCCAAGCGAAAUACGAAUCUGCCUUUGUAUUCGCACUGCAUUGCCUUUCUAUGCCCAGCAUAGCAUAGCAUAGCACAGUGUGGGAUAUAAACUGGUGCUAAGGGGCUGGGGGGACUGCUCUGGUCAGCCUCUGGUCCAUAUGUUGAUAUGUUAUUAGUAUCUGCUCUGGUCAGCCUCUGGUCCAUCUGUUGAUAUGUUAUUAGUGACUGGUGCUGUUUUUCUUCUCUCAAAAGUUAGUUUUUUUACAAUUGGAAAACAGAAAAGGAUGGGCAGCCUCACUCAGCCACACCCUGACUAUACCGGACAUGUUGCAUGUGUGACCAUUGCAAAAUAAAUGUACAAAUUCAAUCAUUUCAUCCACACUGCUUGCACGCGCCAACUAACGUCUUCGAUGCCAUCCGCUGAAAUAGAACUUGGUUCUAUUUGAGACACGCUGUAAAUCUCACAUCUCCCGUCUCCUUAUUGGUUUACAUGAAGAUACAACCCCACAUGUUUGCUUGAAAGGAGAAACCUGGAGAUAUUAAUUAAAGUUAACUUACUAGGUU